CCUUGUCUCUUGUCACAUGGCAACAUGUUCAGGUUAGAAUCGUAAUCAACAAGACAACAAAAUAAACUUUUGUAUAUACAAUAAUAAUUGUAAAAAAAAAAAAAAAUGUCAGAGACUAUUAAUUCCCACAUUCAAUACAUCAGCUGCGCUUGUAAUCGUAUUCCCCAUUCAGCAGAUUAUGGUAAAAAUGGAAUUUUAUCAUACGGUGCAUGUAAUUCAGUGGCAAUAUGUGAUUUCAAUACAAAAACAACAACGGGCAAAGUAAUUAAAACACUUCAUCGUCAUAAAAAUAAAGUCAAUGUUGUACGAUGGAUUAAAAAUUCAUCACAAGAAUCGGAAACAGAAUUAAUUUCCGCAUCAUCCGAUGGUACUGUCAUUAUUUGGAGUAAAAUUGCAAUGAAUUAUAAGCCAACAAGUACAAUUAAUGUCAAUGAUUCUGUUUCUAUUUGUCAUGCUAUUUAUACAACUAAUGAAACAGAAUACAAUCUUCUCAUAUGUACAGGAUCGAUAAAUGGUGAUUUUCGUCUUUGGAAACGAAAUGAAGCAAAUGAAAUUAUUUUACAACAAACAUUUUCCUUUGCCAAACGAAUACCCUUGCAAGCAUGUCUCUCGUUUCUACCAAAAAGUAAUGAACCACUUUUAUUUAUUGCAUUUGAUGAUUUUACAAUUCAAUUAUUUACAAAAAAUUCCAUGGACAAUGAUUUAAUUAAAGUGAAAAGUUUAAUUGGUCACGAAGAUUGGGUGACUUGUAUGGAUGUGAUGGUAGUUAAUGAUGAAAUAUUUCUCGCGAGUGGAUCACAAGAUACUUUUAUACGUUUAUGGAAAUUGUCACAAAAAUAUGAAACACUGAAUGAAGAAUUAACAACGAAAGCCGAAGAAUUUGAAAUAAAUAAUAAAAAAUAUCAAAUUGUUUUGGAAUCAAUUUUAAGUGGACAUGAGGGUUGGAUUUAUGGAGUUAAUUGGCAUCCGGCAAUUAUUGACAAUAAUGGAAUAUUAAUACAGCCAAUGAAAUUAUUAUCGUGUUCAUUGGAUAAAAGUAUGGUUAUAUGGGAAUCAAAUGAAAGUACGGGAAUGUGGAUGGAAACUGUACGCGUUGGUGAAGUUGGCGGUAAUUCUGUGGGAUUUUAUGGAUGUAAAUUUGGAUCAAAUGGAAAAGAAAUAAUAGCGCACGGCUAUCAGGGAUCGUUUCAUAUUUGGCAAUUUGAUGAGAAUGAAAAAAAUUGGAUUCCACUUUCGGCGCCUAGUGGACAUUUUGGUGAAGUUGUGGAUUUAGCCUGGGAUCCAAAAGGAAGAUUUUUGGUGACAGUAAGUACCGAUCAAACAACAAGAAUUCAUGCACCCUGGAUGAACAAUUUGGACAAUUGGCAUGAAAUUGCCCGACCACAAAUUCAUGGACACGACAUGUCAUGUUUAACAAUGUUGGCACCCUAUAAAUUUGCCUCGGGUGCAGAAGAAAAAGUUGUUCGUAUUUUCACAUCACCGCUAACAUUUAAAACAUGUUUAGAGAAAAUAUCAUACGCUGACGAUUUUAAAGGACGACUUGCUGAAAAUGCAUCGCUACCUGCACUCGGUCUAAUGAAUAAAGCAAUUUUCGAACAAGAUUUAAAGGAAAUAGAAAAACACGCAGGUACAUCGCGAGAUUUAAUAUAUGAACGACCACCAGUUGAAGAGGAACUUAUACAACAUACAUUAUGGCCAGAAGAACAAAAACUCUAUGGACAUGGCUAUGAAGUGUUUACAAUGGCAUCGCGUCACGAUGGCACAUUAUUGGCAACUGCCUGUAAAUCCACUAAUCCUGAGUAUGCGGCAAUUUUAAUUUGGAACACAAAAACAUGGCGACAAGUACAAAAAUUAAUAGCCCAUCAAUUAACUGUGACACAACUUGCAUUCUCGCCAAAUGACAAAUAUUUAUUAUCAGUUUCACGCGAUAGACGAUGGUCAUUAUUUAAUUUUAAUAAUGGCGAAUAUAAUUUAAUAGCGGCGAGUUUAAAAAAGGAUAGUCUUCAUGGAAGAAUAAUAUGGUGUUGUGCAUGGUCGCAUGAUUCAAAAUUAUUUGCAACUGGUUCGCGUGAUGGAAAAAUUGGAAUAUGGAGUGAAAAUGUUCAUUUAAAUAAACCUUUUAUUCCAAUAACAAGUUUUGAGGGAAAUAUUUCUGUGACAGCUGUUGCAUUUGCGCCAAUUUCAUUAUGUUCAGAUGAAUAUAUUUUGGCAAUAGGCUAUGAAAAUGGUGAAAUUGAAAUAAGACAAAUUUUAAUCAAAGAAAAUGAAUCAAUUUGGAAAUUAUUAGCAAAAUAUGAUUCAUCAUUUGCACAUCAUUUAACUGUUAAACGUCUUCAAUUUUGCCCGCGUGAAAAUAAAAUGGACACAAUUUUACAAUUAGCGAGUUGUGGCUCAGAUCAUAUUGUUAAAAUAUAUAGUUUUGAUGUUGAAAAACUUGUAAAUAAUGUUUUAUAAAUAAAUUUUCUUUUCUACUUUUA